AUGGACCACAACAAGUGUCCUCGCGCCUUGACGAUGGACAACGUUUACGAUCAAGCUGAACCAGUGAACCCCAACCGAGCAAUACAUGCUUUAAGUGUAGAAGACCAACAGCGUAUAAGCGGGUCUCAAUACGAGGUAGCGGAGCCAGUUAGGCUGCCCCCGCGGGAUCUCGACGCUGGACCGGCGGCGCCCGAGAGCGGGUGUCCCCCGGGCAGGCAGGAGGGCGUGUACGAAGAAGCUGUGAGAGUCGUGCUUCAGCCGGGAGAAAGUGUGAGACUGGGUCCUGUUGGACAUGGGGACAACAACCCGGUCCAGAGGAGCGCCCCGCAACCCCCAGACGCUGUAACAGGCCUAGGUCGCCCGGACGGGAUGGUAAUACUACUCGGCGAGAAGGGCUCGGGGCCCGGGGAGUUUGAGAACCCGCGGGGGGUGGCCGUGUCUGCCAACAACGAGAUAUUCGUGGCCGACAGGUUCAACCGCCGAGUUCAAGUGCACGACAUCAAGGGCUUGCACCUCCGGCAGUUCCCGACUGUCACGCCAGGGGGAUACUUGGUGGCUCCGGAAGACGUCUCCAUCGACGGGGAAGGCAACUUGUGGAUAGUCGGGAAGUACGGCACCAACAGCGUUGUGGUGCAGUACAGCAGAGAUGGCCUGCCGCUGAAAAAGAUUCCCGUGCGCACCGUGUCGUUCUCGCAAGGCAUCGCCGUGAAUCGCAAGAACGGACGCGUACUGGUGACGGACGGACAGUUCGGUGAGGUGCUGAUGUUCCGCCCAGACGGCUCGCUGGAGCGCACGUUGGGGCGACAGGAGGGGAUGGAACACCCCUGGUACGUCACUACCAACACGAGGGGGGACAUCCUCGUGUCAGACUAUGACACCAACUACGUCUACGUCUACGACCAGUCGGGAGUGUUCCUGAACAAGUUCGGCGGACACUUCCGCCACCCGGAGGGCCUGUGCACGGACAGGGACGGGAACGUCAUCGUGGCGGACUCGGGAAACCGGCGGGUGGAGGUGCUGACCAGCCGGGGAGACCAUGUCCGGUACGUCGGUGCAGGUCUCGGGAAGCCUUCAGGCGUGGCUGUCGGGCCCACCGGGCAGCUGGUGGUCACGUAUGGGCUGCAGAACAUGGUGGCCAUCUUCACACAUGGUUAG